GUGACUUACUUACAACUCAGGUUAAAUAGUUAUCAAUAUCAUUAUGAUUUACCAGCUAUUCAAUACUCGUAAUCAUGCCUCAACAUAUGUUCAGGGUCGACUUUCACCUCCAUCAGAGUUGAUUGAUACAAUUUUGACUUAUCUUCGCUCAGGUUGUAAACCAAAUGAAAAUGAUCUCUGGCCAUUAGCUGUUGAUGUUGGUUCUGGUUCUGGUCAAUCAACUUUUCUGUUGAAAAAUCAUUUUACAAAUAUUCUUGGAGUUGACAUCAGUGAGGCUCAAAUAGAUGAAGCUAGCAGGCGAAAUGAAUGUUCAAAUAUAUCAUUUAAGGUUGCACGAGCUGAAACUAUUCCAGUUGAAGAUGAAUCAGUAUCAUUAAUUAUAGCUGCUCAGUGUCUUCAUUGGUUCGAGUUGCCAUUGUUUUACAAGGAAGUUAAUCGCAUUCUUAUUCAUGGAGGAGUUUUUGCUGCUUUCGGUUACACCGUUUCACCAAUCACAACAUCCAACUGUGAAAAGUCAAAUGCUUUAGCUGCCAUAGUUGAAGAGGCUUACAGUGAUUUGGGUAAAAUGGGUUACUGGAAAGAGCCAAUAAUCAAACAUCAUCGUUCCAAAUAUGCUGAUUUACCAUUACCAUUUAAAGAUACUUUAAGGAUUGGUGACAUUAAAUGUCCAGUUUCAUACUCAGGAGAGAGAUUUCUGAAUUAUAUAAAAUCAUGGGCUUCUUUCAAUGGAUUGGCCAAAGACAGCCAAGAGAAAGCUCAUAAAUUUGUUGAAAAUAUUAUUGAUCGGAUGAAAAAAGUACUAGCUACGGAUGAUGUCUACUCAGCCCAAAUUGAUGUUACUUUCGAGUUUUUCUUGGUUAUGUCAAGAAAGACAGACUAAUGCAUUUAAACUCUAUUCAAAUACUCUUAAAUUGUUGGUUAAAUUAUUAAUUUACUCUUGCAUUUCAAAAACUUGUUUCGUUUAAAAUCAUUUAUUCAGUGUGCUUUUGAAUAUGGUGUCUUUGGUACACAUUUUGGUGUAUUUGUUUUAAAGGGUUGAUUUGUUGAAGAUUCACAGCUGAACAUCAGAAACAGAUGCUGAAAGCAGGUUGAAGUGAUAAAAGAGUCGAGUUGAUUUGUGAGCCUAGAUUAAUGAGCCUAGUAAACACUUAAAUGAGCAAUUAAAGCUAAAUUGAAAAAUGAUUGAUGUUCUGAUAAAUGUCGGGAUACAUGAUAGAGAUUUUACUGAACAACAAAACGAGUUAUAGCAUUUGAGCAUGUCUGAGAUUUGUCGUUAUAACCUUACGGUAAAAUAGUAAAUCAUGAGUAUUUCAAGUUUAUUUUGAUAUUUGAUUGUAGUUUAUAACACAUCAUGACAAACCAGCAAUUUAGUUCACGUAAUCAUGCUGCAACAUAUGUUCAGGGUCGACUUUCACCUCCAUCAGAGCUGAUUGAUACAGUUUUGGAUUAUCUUCGUGAAGGUUGUAAACCAAAUGAAAAUGGUCUUUGGCCAAUUGCUGUUGAUGUCGGUGCCGGUUCUGGUCAGUCAACUUUCCUUUUAAAAGAUCAUUUCACCAAUAUUCUUGGAGUGGACAUCAGUGAAGCUCAAAUCGAUGAAGCAAACAAACGCAAUCAAUUUUCAAAUAUCUCAUUUAAGGUUUCACCAGCAGAAUCAAUUCCAGUUGAAGAUAAUUCUGUUUCAUUAGUAACUGCAUCUCAAUGUGUCCAUUGGUUUGAUUUACCCAAAUUUUACCAGGAGUUGGAUCGUAUGUUAGUUCCAGGAGGAGUUUUUGCUGCCAUUUUUUACACAGCUUCUCCUAUCAAAACAACUGAAGACGCAAAGAUGAAUCAAUUGGCUGAAGUGGUUGAAAAAGCCUUUGAUGAUUUGACUGACAUGGGACUCUGGGAUCAAAGAGUUAUCGAUUUAUAUCACUCUUAUUAUACUGACUUGCCAUCGCCAUUCAAUACAAACGUCAAACAUGAUUUCAUUUGUCCUAUUUCCUACUCUUGUGAAAAUUACCUCAAUUAUAUCAAAUCUUGGUCAGGUUAUAAUAAAUUAGCUGAAAAAGAUCCAGAAAAGGCAAAACUUUUCAUAGACAAUAUUAUUGAAAAAUUGAAGUCUAUACUUGGUACUGAAGAUGUUUUGCCUGUGCAAAUUCAAGUUGUUUAUAAAUUCUUUCUAGCUAUGUCAAGAAAAUAAGGAUAAUUUUUGCAAAAGGAUUUGUUAAAAAUUGUUGAAAUUUUCAUCUAAAUAAAUUGUUACCCAAAGAAUUCAUGAUUGCUAAUUUUAAUUGAAAACAAAACAAAGGUUGAUUCUGAAAGAAAAAAAUUAAGCACGAUCAAGCAAAAUAAGCUUUAAUAAACCUCAAACAUUAAAAUUUCAAUUUGGAAAUA